AUGAGCCCUCAGGGGGGUCAGUACCUCAACAAGGCUGCGGUCUUCUCCUCGCUUGGCGCCGCCCGCCUCUCCCAGCUGGCCCUGGGCUGCUCAGUGGUUGCCAUGGUGAGCCACAGUGCGGGCUACAGCGGUGGGUCGUACGGCGUGUUCUGCAUGGCGGUGUGGUGCGCGUGCUUCGGCAUGACGACGGUGGUGUUCUUCCUGGACGCCACCCGUCUCCACGCCUGUCUGCCCAUCUCCUGGGAUAACCUGACGGUGGCAUUCGCCGCCCUGGCGACCCUCAUGUAUGUGACAGCCUCGGUGGUUUACCCAGUCUACUUUGUCAGAGCAGAGUGCCCCUACGGAGGCUGUGAGGUCCGGAACUUCCGCAUCGCCGUCACUGUCUGCUCCAUCGCCGGCUCCCUGGCCUACGGCGCCGAGGUGAUCCUCUCGCGGGCCAAACCAGGCCGGGUCGUGGGCUACAUGGCAACCGUCUCCGGCCUCCUCAAGGUCGUCCAGGGCUUCGUGGCGUGCAUUAUCUUCGGAGCGCUGGCGAAUGGGACCGAGUAUUCUCGUCACGUAGCGACGAUUUACUGCGUGGUCGUCUACGCCGUCUGCUUCGCCAUGACGACCGUCGUGGUUAUAUUGACCGUGUCCGGUCGCACCGGGUGUCUGAAGUUACCGUUCGACCGGUUUGUUGUUGUUUACACGCUCUUGGCGGUUCUUCUCUACCUCAGCGCCUCCGUCGUCUGGCCCGUGUUCUGCUUCGACAGGAAGUACGGAUCGCCAGAGCGCCCGUCGUCAUGCCCGCGGGGCCGGUGUCCAUGGGAUAGUAAGGUGGUCGUUGCAGUGUUUAGCUUCGUCAACCUGGCGCUGUACGUCGCCGACCUGGUGUACUCACAACGGAUACGUUUCGUAACCCAGCAACCACGGGUGUAG